UCAGGGCCCAUAUUUGCACAAAACAAAAACUCACCUACAAAGAGUUUUAGGAGAUGAGAAUGUUUUGGUUGUCAAGUUUGCUGAAGAGGUGGCAGACAGGAGACAACUGGAUAUUUCCUGGGAUUCUUAUUCCAUGUACAAUAAGAUUGCAAGCGAAGGGAUCGAUGUUGGUUUCUAUCGCUAUCGGUUUUUUGUGUUUAAGGAUGGAGGCAAAGAAGAAAAGAAAAAAGACCCAACUUCUUCAUCUGUCAAGUGUUUUUUCAUUCGUAAGGAGUCAAUUGGAAUGAUUUAUGAAGCAAGGUCUUUAUUCAUGCAUGCACAUCGAUUGCCUAGUGUGGCCAAUUAUAUGGCUAGGUUUUCUCUUAUCUUGUCCAAGACCACAAAGCUAGAAGUUGAUUUAGCAUCUGUUAAUAUCCAAAGAAUUGAAGAUGUACUUUGCACGGUAUGAUCUUAGAAUUAUCUUUUCAAUGAAAUUUCUUGUCCUCCAUGAAUCUGGUUAAAUUCA